CCUCUUUUCAUCCGUUCCUUUAACUCUCGGGUGAUCAUUGUAUGUUUUUUUCCAUUUUCUGGUGACAGUUGACUUCGCAUCUUGUUUUUGGUUGGAUUGGUUUGUUUUGCUGCCAAUUCUCUGGCAAGUGAUUGUGGUGCUGUUCCGCUGAGCUGUUAUCCGAGUUGCUGCGUUUCCAUUUCAUUAAUCUCUAGUUUGUUUUGCUGGAUUUCCAGGAACUGUAUUUUUCCAAUGGCCUUGAGCACCCAAAGAGCCUCUACAUCUCGUACUUCAGCUGAAUGGGCUCCUCCUCCCCAUUGGAAGCAUGAUGUCUUUUUGAGUUUCAGGGGUGAAGACACUCGCAGCGGUUUUCUAGCCCAUUUAUACCAUGAACUGCAGUACUGGCAAGCAAUUAAAACUUUCAAGGACGACCGAGACCUUGAAAUAGGAGCAACUAUUUCUCCGGAGUUGUUGACCGCAAUCGAACAAUCACAUCUUGCCAUCAUUGUUCUCUCCCCAAAUUACGCUUCUUCCACCUGGUGCUUGGAUGAACUUUCCAAGAUUCUUGAAUGCAUGCAAGACAGACAGAGAAUUCUACCAAUCUUUUAUCACGUGGAUCCUUCCGAUGUACGAAAUCAAAGGGGGAGUUUUGCGGAAGCCUUCACUAAGCAUGAAGAAAAGUUUAGGUUUAGUGGAGAUGUAGAGAUGGUGAAACGGUGGAGAGCUGCUUUAACAAAAAUAGCCAAUAUCUCUGGGUGGGAUUCAAAGAAUUAUCCGUCGGAAGCAGAGCUUAUUAAACGCAUUGUCAACUGUGUGUUUAGGAAAGUGCAUCCAACGUUCAUGUUGUCAGGUUCUCUAGACAAGUUAGUCGGAAUUGAUUCUGCACUUGAGCAACUACAUUUGCAUUUAGCUCCCAAAGAUAAUGAUGUUCGCUUUAUAGGGAUAUGGGGGAUGGGUGGGGUAGGCAAAACAACCCUUGCUAAGCUAGUUUCCCAGAGAAUUUCCCAUCAUUUUGAACUUAGCUGGUUUCUAUCUAAUGUGAGAGAGGUUUCUGGAAAACAAGGUGAUCUAGUUAAUCUACAAAGACAGAUUCUUUCCCCAAUCUUGAAAGAAAAUGUUGCCCAAUGUGUUUGGGAUGAAGGAGCCGGAACCUUUUUCACUAAGAAACAUUUAUGCAAUAAAAAGGUUCUUCUCAUCCUUGAUGACGUGCACCAAUUAAACCAACUUAAAACACUGGCUGGAAAGAAAGAUUGGUUUGGUGUGGGGAGUAGAAUUAUCAUCACAACUAGGGAUGAGCGUCUACUAGUUGAGCAUGGUAUAGCGAUACGAUAUAAGGUCGAGGUAUUAAAGGAUGAUGAAGCUCUUGAGCUCUUUAGUCAAAAUGCCUUUAAGAAAAAUCAGCCUGAAGAAGGUUUUCUGGAACUCUCUAGGUGUUUCGUACAUUAUGCCAAAGGUCUUCCAUUAGCUCUGACAACAUUGGGAUCUUUUUUGUAUGCGAGAGAUCAAGAUAAAUGGAAAAGUGUGUUUGAUAAUCUACGGAAAAUUUGUAAUCCAACAAUUUUUCACUCACUCAGAGUAAGUUAUGAUGGACAAGAAGAGAUAGACAAGAAAAUUUUUCUCGAUGUUGCAUGUUUCCAUACAGGGAAGGAUGAAGAGCAAGUAAUUGAAAUACUGGACAGUAUCUAUAAUAUUUCAAGUCGUAUUAGGAUAGAUAUUCUCAUUGAGAAAUCUCUCUUAAUUAUUGAGAAAUUCCACGAUCAUAAAAGUGUUCAGAUGCAUGAUUUGAUACAAGAAAUGGCAUGGGAAAUUGUUCAUCUACAGUCUCAAGGAGAUCCUUGUCAACGCAGCCGUUUGUGGCUUCGCAAUGACAUUUCUCAUGUAUUCACGAACAGUUCGGGAACGAGAGCAAUUGAAGCCAUAGUCCUACGUCUGCCCAAAUUAGAAGCAGUGCCCUGGAAUUGUACUGAAGCCUUCAAUGAGAUGCACGGGUUAAGGCUCCUUCACUUUGAUAAUGUGGUGUUUUCUUCAGGCCCUAAAAUUCUUCCAAAUUCCUUAAGAAUUAUCCAGUGGAGUUGGUAUCCUUCCAAAUCGCUCCCAUCAAGGUUUGAACCACAUGUACUUUCUAAACUAGAAAUGAGGGGUAGCAAACUUGUCCGGCUUUGGGAUGGAGCAAAGGAUUUUCCGAAAUUGAAAUAUAUGGAUCUUAGUUACUCUGAUAAAUUGACCAGUAUCCCAGAUUUCACACGCAUGCCAAAUCUUGAGGAAUUGAAUCUGGAAGGUUGUAAGAAGUUAGGCAAGGUUCACUCAUCUAUUGCAGUUCACAAAAAGCUGAAGGUUUUAAGACUUACUGAAUGUGAAAGUAUCAAGAGUCUCCCAAAACUUGAAAGAGAUUUAUCUAGUCUCUUGAGUCUACCGAAUGCGAUAUGCAAUUUGAAGUCUCUUAGACAACUCAUUGGGAACGGAUGCUCAAAAGUUGACAAACUCCCAGGGGAGAUGGAGUGUUUAGAGUCGCUUGAAUUAAGUGGAAGUGGCAUGAGAGGGCCGCUUGUUGCUAUGAAAAAUCUCAAAAUUUUAGACCUUAGUGGAUCAGUUGCUUCUCUAAAUCCUGACCCUGAGCGUUGGGGUUUGGUGUUGUCUUCUCUAAAUCGUUUAGGGUCUUUGACGAGAUUAUAUCUGAUUGAUUGUAAUAUUGGUGAAGGAGCCAUUCCAUAUGAUAUCGGCUGCUUGUCUUCUUUAGAAGAGUUGGAUCUUAGUGGAAACAAUUUCGUUAGUCUUCCUUCAAGCAUUAGAUUCCUUUCUGAGCUUCGGUCUCUUCGAUUGUGGAGGUGCAAAAGGCUUGAGCAAUUGCCAGAUCUUCCGUCAAGUAAAUACGUAUUCGUGGAUGUGAACGACUGUACUUCCUUAAAAAGGUUGUCAGAUCCAUCAAAGUUGAGCGAAGGAGCCAAUGUGUACGAUUUUAUGUUUAGUUGUUUUAAUUGCUUCAGAUUGGUUGAAGAAGAAGGCUGGAUUAAUAAUAGAAUAUUUGCAAUGAUAAUGAGAUUCUCUCGCUGAGGUACCUCAUGACCGUAUUAUAUGGCCUGGAAGUGAAAUUCCAGAUUGGUUCCAUAAUCAAAGUGUGGGAGAUUCAAUAAUUGUGGAGCCGCCCCUACCACCAC